GUCAGGAAAAUAUAGUCGUGACUUUUAAUUUAAAUAAUUUAUAAAUUUUUGUAGGUUUAUCCCAAAAUCAAAAAACAAGACACCGUUAUGAGAGUUGCUAUUACCGCCCGCAUUCGAUUGGCAAUUACUCUACGUUAUUUAGCUACCGGGGAUUCAUUGAGGGCAUUGGAAGUUAUUAGUCAUAUUUCAAGAAAAACCAUGAGUCAAUUUCUGCCCGAAGUGUUGAGAGCGAUAAUAGAAUGUUUACAAAGUAAAUAUUUAAAGCUACCCUCUACUAAAAGCGAGUGGCUUGAGGUGGCCAAUGAAUUUGAACAUUUAUGGCAAUUUCCACACACCUUAGGAGCAAUAGACGGAAAACAUAUCCGCAUUAAAAACAACUGGACAAUCCACUCCUGAAUAUUU